AAAUAUUAUUAAAAUUAUGGAAAUGAUUACGGAGACAUCAAAGGAAUUCUUGAUGUAAAAUGACAAACUGUUCAUCAUUCAUAGGCCGGAAAUGAUAAAGGCAUAGCUCAACGCUGGAGCUGUGUAUAAAUUCUGCUACAUCUCACCAUUCACAACACAAAAUUAAUUCACCAAUGGACUCCCAAUCUCCUUUGAAGCUUCCUGUCAUUGAUUUCACUAAGCCGGAGCUAAAACCGGGCACCCAUGAGUGGGAUUUGGCGAAAGGCCAAGUCCAACAAUCCCUUCAACACUACGGUUGCUUUGAGGCUUUGUUCGACAAGAUCCCUCUCGAGAUUAGGGAAGCAGUAUUUGGAGCCAUGGAAGAGUUAUUUGAUCUUCCCUUACAAAUCAAAAGUCGCAAUGUUUCCGAAAUACCUUAUCAUGGGUAUAUUGGCCAACACCCUAAAAUACCAUUGUUUGAGAGCAUCGGCUUUGAUGAUGCAGAUGUUAUCGAAAAAGUUGAAGCCCAGACUCGUACAUUUUGGCCUCGAGGAAACCCAAGUUUCAGCAAAACUAUACAAUCCUUCACAAAGCAAUUAACGGAGUUAGAUCAAAUGAUAAGAAGAAUGAUCUUAGAGAGUUUCCAAGUAGAGAAAUAUGAGGAUGAGCACAUGGACUCCACAGGCUACCUUCUCAAGGUAAUGAAAUAUGAAGGGCCACAAACCAGUGGAACGCAGGUUGGACUAACUGCUCACACAGAUCAGGACGUAGUGACCAUCUUGUACCAAAAUGAGGUUAACGGAUUGGAGGUGCAGAGCAGCAGCGGAGAAUGGAUCGGUGUCAAACCCUCCAAAGACUCUUUCAUUGUCAUCAUUGGGGAAUCUCUCCAUGCAUGGUUAAAUGGGCGAUUGAAGGCUACUUAUCAUCGAGUGAUGAUGAGUGGAGACAAGCCAAGGUAUUCGCUUGGAUUGUUUUCAGUCCCAAAAGCAGGUUACAUGAUAAAGGCACCAGAAGAGCUAGUGGAUGAAGCACACCCCUUGCUCUACAACCCCUUUGAUUACGCUCAAUUCUUGGGCUUCUACUUUUCCAACGAGGGUCGAUAUCAAUCUGGUCUUAAAGCUUAUUGUGGUGUCCAACACUAGGAUAGUCAUGUAACAAUCAAAGAUAAUAAGUUUUAGGAUAUCUAUAUCAGUGUGUUUCUGCAUCGGUGCAGCUAUCUAGCAUUGACCAGCUUUAGCGGUGCUCGAAAACUGAGGUCUAUUUUUUUUUUUAGUGAAACCCUAUGGGCAUCUUGUGAUGGUUGCAAGUUAUUUUAUUUCUUCAAUAAUCAAUCAUAUCUUGCUUUAAA